CGUAGACAGCAUCUUGAGACAUCACAUGCGCAUUCAACACGGUCUUGUCGAGCAGGUCGCUAGGUAAUGAGACGCAGCCUUUCUCUAGUGCAGCAUCCGCCAUAUUGUCUAUCAGGAGACGCCGAGAGCAUCUGGAGGGCCAUGAGGAAGGACUUUUAGGAUUGCUGUGUCUCCUGAAUAAGCUCCUGGAUGUCCUCUUUCAUUCGAAUUACAAUCAGCCUAUGGUCCACCAUAAAGUCAUCACAUCUGCCUUCAUCAGCUUCACCUGUCAUUUGCUGCUUGGAGGAACCCUCCAAGGUGUUUCAGGGAAUACCGUGUGUAGAAUAUGUCUGGCCCUGUCCCAAGUCGCUCUCGAGUUUACCCUGAUGUAAACACACAGCGACCCAGAGAGUACUGGGACUAUGAAUCCCAUGUGGUGGACUGGGGAAAUCAGGAUGACUAUCAGUUAGUGCGAAAGCUUGGCCGGGGAAAAUACAGUGAAGUGUUUGAAGCCAUAAACAUCACUAACAAUGAGAAAGUAGUCGUCAAAAUACUCAAGCCAGUGAAAAAGAAGAAAAUUAAACGAGAAAUAAAAAUUCUGGAGAACUUGAGAGGAGGCCCCAACAUCAUAACGCUUUUAGACAUCGUAAAGGAUCCUGUGUCCCGAACACCAGCGCUGGUUUUUGAGCAUGUUAACAACACAGACUUCAAGCAACUGUAUCAAACAUUAUCAGACUAUGACAUUCGCUUCUACAUGUAUGAAAUUCUUAAGGCUCUCGACUACUGCCACAGUAUGGGAAUAAUGCACAGAGACGUAAAACCACACAAUGUUAUGAUUGACCAUGAGCACAGAAAGCUUCGUUUGAUUGAUUGGGGAUUGGCUGAGUUUUACCACCCAAACCAGGAGUACAAUGUGCGUGUGGCUUCCCGAUAUUUUAAAGGCCCUGAACUACUUGUGGACUAUCAGAUGUAUGACUACAGUCUGGAUAUGUGGAGUCUUGGAUGCAUGCUGGCCAGUAUGAUCUUCAGGAAGGAACCGUUUUUCCAUGGACAUGACAACUAUGACCAGUUGGUUCGGAUUGCAAAGGUUCUGGGUACAGAGGACCUGUAUGAUUACAUUGACAAAUAUAACAUUGAGCUGGACCCACGUUUCAAUGACAUUUUGGGCAGACACUCCCGGAAAAGAUGGGAACGGUUUGUGCACAGUGAGAAUCAGCACCUGGUCAGUACAGAGGCUCUGGAUUUUCUGGACAAGCUGCUACGUUAUGACCACCAGGCGCGACUGACUGCCCGCGAGGCCAUGGACCACCCUUACUUCUACCCCAUAGUUAAAGACCAGGGCAGAGGAGCGCCGGCAGCAGGAAUGGCUGCUAGUUCCACACCGGUCAGCUCUUCUAGCUUGAUGGCAGGCAUCACCUCUAUGACUGCGAGCACACAGCCCAACAUCGCAAACAUCAGCGCCGGCUCACCUGUCAUCCCUGCCCCAAACACAAUGGCCACACAAGUGCCCACUGCCGCUGGAGCCAGCCCUGAACACCAACUGCCCCCCCCCCCCCCC